AUGGUGUGCACAAGAAGUCAAAAACAAGAAAUGGAAAUAAAUGACACGGAGGCAGCUGAUGAGAUCGAGUCAUGUCUCAUAUCAUGGAAAAUUUCAAUGGUAGAGCAUAAAAUUCAGUGCAUUAAAUUGGAAAUCAACAGAGUUAUACAUGAUAAGUUUUGUUGGCGUUGCUGCGGAGAGGAUACAUCGCUGAAAUGUUCCAAUUGUAUUCGAUCGUUUCACCAAAAUUGUGCACCAAAUGCAGCGAAAGACGAUAGUAAAUCCAACAGUUGGCUGUGCUCGGUGUGUGUCAAUUUGAAAGAAGCUGAAAAUACAAGCAAAAAAUUGGAAUUGGACAUGUUGCCGCUACUCAUUGAAAAGGCGUUAAAAAACAAAACGUUCAAUCUGCUGAAACACCCACUGGGACGUGAUAGUUAUCCAGAGUCAUACAUUACCGAGUCCAUUGUCCACCCGGUCGAUUUAUCGAAAAUAAAGCAAAAAAUCGGCACCUACACAAGCUUCGACCAUUUUCUAUCCGAUAUUCAGUGGAUCGUUCACAAUUGCUUUAUUUUGUUUUUGGACAAUCAUCAUCGAAUGGAAAUCGCCAAAUCGCUGGUGGACUAUAUGGAAGAAGAGAUAGAAAUCGUCAAAAAAUGCCCCGAAUGUUACAACAAUGCUGUCAAGUAUCCGAAUGAUUGGUUCACAGUAAUCUGUAGUGAUCCUCACAUAAUCGUUUGGGCGAAGAAAAUGGGUUUCAAUUAUUGGCCAGCCAAGUUAAUGUCAAUCGACGGACAAUUGAUAAAUGUUCGUUUCUUCGGUGAUCACAAGAAUAUGGAUGUCAUGUCGACGAAUUGCUUCUUAUACUCCGAAACAAAUCCGAAUCGAUCACGAAAUACAACGGUGCUAUACAAAUCAGCAUUAAAGGAGGUUGAAGUGUACAUAAAAAAUUGUCGUUCAAAAUUUGGUGCAUAUAAUCAUGUCGAUACGAAAAUUCCAUUCAAUCCGGCACUUUUGGACAAAUAUAUUGUGCAGGUGAUUCCCGCUCUGGCCAAUUCCAAAAUGGUAAAAGGAAUAAAGGCCCGAAUUAAAGCGUCGGAGUCAUCCACUCUAAAAACGACUUCAAGACCGAGUAGUGAAGAUAGGGUCGACCGGACUGAUGCAGCAGUCAAGCUGAAUUUGAAGGAAAUCAGUCCAAAGAAAAAUGUUCUAAUUGCGUUACACCGUAUUGAUGAUAAAAUGCCGAAUGCCAAAAGAAAUGGCAAAGAAGCAAUGCUCGGUACACCGGAUGGGCCGUGUGAAAAGAAGGCUAAAGUCAGUCAAGACCCCGAAAAUAUCGAAUCGAAACAUACUCCAAUGGCAACAAGCCAGAGUCAGACUCAAUCAGUUCAGAAACAGACAAAUUCCAAUGAGAAUUCCGAAAGGAAUCAAUCUCAAUCAGUCGAAAAUCAGCCGGAAAAUACCAUUGUGUCAUCGGUUGAAACGACUCUCGUUGAAGAUCCGGAAAAGCCAUUGCUUAAUUCCACUGUUAUAAAAUGGCCGGAAAAUGUAAAAUCGGACGGUGAUUUCGGUGAUGUGAGUUGUAUCAAUGGUCAGUCGAUCGAAGAGCCCACGUCAACGGCCACCCUUGAGGACACCGAAUGGGAACAAUCAUUUGAAAAAGAUCUCAACGACACCGUCCAGGCAGCAACGUAUCACAUGUAUUCCUCGAUUGCCAAAAAUUUGAAGACAAAAUUCGAUGUUUUAAAGGAAAAACUACAUGAUGUCACCAUCGAACGUGAUCAAAUCGUAUUGAAAGCAGAACGAACAAAACAACGGACCAAAGAUGACCAUGCCAAGGAAAUGUCCGAUCUCAAUGAAAAAUACACGCAGAUCAUGUUAUGUGUCGGAUUCACAUUUGUACAUUGGAUUAUAACAUUUCUAUCAAUGUAUCGAUAUUUUCUAAAAGAAGAUGGAAUAUUCAAAGAAAAUUUACGUAGUAUGGCAAUUGUAUCGACAUUUUAUAUGACAUACACCAUACUCGUAAUUUACGGCGGUAGUUCCAUAAAAGCAAAGGGGCAGACACCUAUGAAUCCAGUGUGA